CCGAACACAUUCGAAGAUGCGCAGAUGCAGGCGGAGCAGAGGGGCAUUGCAGAUGUGUUGCUUCCGGGACCUGUUUUUAUGCCUCCAGCCGAGCUGCCGCCAAUACCAACCUACGAAAGCUCGUCACCUCGUCGAAAGCCACACGAUCCUAUAGGUAUCUAUGAGCUUUUUGUGCUCAUGCCAGAUUUGACGCAGUUCUCGAUGGAAACUCAAGAAAUGGCCAAGAAAGGUUCGGACGUGGGUAUUUCACUGUUGAUGGCAUUUUCAUUGUAA